GAGAAAGAAAAAGAAGAAAGUUUCCAAAAACUUGUCUUCUUCUUUUAGAUUAUUAAUCCGUAGUUAGUUUUUCUGUAAUCCUAUAUUGAUACUUAUUCACAGUCAAUUUCCUAUAUUCACGGCCCUCUCGCUUCCAAUUUCACACUUUUACUCUUCUGUUUGCUGCUCAAACAGAGCAGCUAGAGCAAACCAACCUUCCCCCACCUCCAUUCUUGUUCAUCAGUAUCUUCACCCUUUUUUCUUUAGACCCCCAAGAACAUCAAAAUGUCUGAACUUUCUUUCUCCCCCAAGAACUCAAGUUUCUCUAGCAUUGAUCUCCUUGCCGAUUUCUUCCAUGUCUGUUACUCCAUUCUGUCACAUCCUCUGUACUUUUCCUACUUCAUAUUCUUCUCACCAUACCUCCUCAAGCUUCUGUCUUUCCUAUCUCCUCUGUUCAUCACCACUGCUCUGCUUGUCCUAGCUUACCUCACUGUCUCUCCCAACUCCACCUCUGAUCUUCCCAAGAUCAAGGUGGGUUCUUGUUGCCUUGCCACCACUUACCAAACUGUUAUAGCAAAACUACAGUACCCUAAGGUGGAUCACAGCAAUGGUGAUGAUCAUGAAGAGUUUCGAUCUCUCGAGGAGCUUGAAGUGUAUAAAAUUGUCUUUGACACAUCUAGUUUGGAAGUUGGGGGGUGCCCAGUUGAGGAAAUGAGCUCAGAAGAAACCUCUGAUGCAUCAAUUCCCCAAAGUUACAGUCUUGGAGGUACUGGCAAUAUUGGUUACUUCUUGGAAGUAGCAAGUGCAAUUUUGGAAGAAAUUAGAAGCAGCCCAGGUGCAAUUUGGGAAGAAAAUGAAGAGAUCCCAGAUGAGAAAAUUAGCCCAACACAAAUCUUUGAUGCAGCAUUUGAUGAAAGAUCCAGUCCUGAAAGCAGUGAGAGUUCUGGUUAUUUCUCGGAAGCUUCAAGUGCAAUUUCGGAACAGAACCCAGUUGAGAAGACAUGCUCAUCACAAGUCUCUGAUGCACCAGUUGAUAAGAAGUCCAGUUCUGAAGGCAAUGGCAGUACAGGUUAUUUCUUUGAAGCUUCAAAUGCAGUUCUGGAAGAAACUAGAGAGAACCUAGUUGAGAAGAAAUGCUCAUCACAAGUCUCCCAUGCACCAAUGGAAAAUUGUUCCGUUCUUGAAGCCAAGGGUAGUACUGGUGUUGUGUUGGAAGCAGAUGGUGUAAUUUUGAGACAAAAAGCAGUUGAGGAAGAAAAAGAGGUCAAGCCACUAAGCUCAUACUUCAAAAAAGUUGAAGAAAAAAGAUUUGAUAGAAGAGAAUCCAAGGAUAGAGAUUUUGGUGCUAAUGAUGGAGGAUUUAGAUCUAAAUCUAUGGUGAUUAAUCCUCAAGUUCUAGGAUCAAAUCUUGGGAAUCCAAAUCUUGGGAGUUUUGGUUCAAUGAGAAAAGAAAAAGAGUGGAGGAGGACACUGGCAUGCAAGCUUUUUGAGGAGAGGCAUCAAAAUGUGGAUGGAGGAGGUGAAGAAGGAAUGGACAUGCUUUGGGAGACAUAUGAUGAGACAGAAUCAGGUAAAGUUCUGCAGGGGAUGAAGAGCAAGUCAAAGAAGCAGGGGAAGAAGAUCAGUGGCAAUAAGGAUGACUACAAUGAGGUGCAUGGUGAUAAUAAUGACGAUGAUGAAGAUGAAGAAUUGGAUAAUGGGCACUUGUGCUGCUUGCAGGCAUUGAAGUUCUCAGCAGGGAAGAUGAAUUUGGGACAUAUGGGAAGGCCAAAUCUUGUCAAGAUUACCAAGGCGCUCAAAGGGUUUGGAUGGUUGCAUCAUGUCACCAAGAAUAGCAAGAAAGGGUACCGUUGAUUUACUGAUCUUUUUUUUUACCUUUGUUUAUGGUAGUGGAAUCGUGUGCACCGAGUAAAAAUCACGCACAAGUAAAUAUGUCUUAUAUUUGUUUUACCACAAAUGCAUGUUUGUUUUUAUUCCACCUUAAUUAACAUAUAAACUGUGUUCAUCUACAUGAUAAUCAUGAAAUAAGAAUAUACUUU